UUGUUUCGUACGCGGAAGUGUGUUUGAUGUUGGAGUGAGAAAUACCCGUUUCAUUGUCUACCAUUGCUGAACAGCUACUGUUUUGGAUUAUUCGAGAAAAUACGCAUAACAUUGAAACCUAAUCUGCCACGGAAUGGCUUCCUGCGCGGAGAGAGGAUUGUCCGUGCUGGAUCGUGAAAUAUGCGGCUUGCAGGUUGAAAUGCGCUCCGAAAAGCUCACCAUGCGUCACAAGGCAUUCAGCAGGAUGGUAGCGAUUCUGAGCAACCAGGAGGACGUAUUCCUUGAGUACAUGGACUCGGACAGCUUCAAUACCGAAUGGGGCGACAUCUUCGAUGCGGUGUACCAGGGAAUUCUCGUACAGAGUGGCUCUAGUGCCGCAUCGGCAAAGGGCAAGAAUAACGAUUACUUCGUCGUUCUGCUGAAGCUUGUGGAGCUGGCAAUGGACCGUGAUGCGCCACGGCUCCAGUACAGUCAGCUGAUUGGCGCGUCCGUGAGAGCUUUGAAGGAGCCAUCCGUACGGUCGACCUUUGGGGUGCCUUUUCUGCAAGUGCUGAAUAAGUACGUGCUGUCCUCGAAAUGGGAUCUAACUCCAGUUAGUUAUGAAGAAUGGAAAGAGAUACUCGAAUGCAGUUUUGAAAUCAUGGAUGAAAAUCAAAUCGCAAGACAGGUUGCCGUGGCUUGCCUGUCAUCAUCCGUGAGGAAGUUUCUUGACAAUUGUUCGUUGUCUUCCAUGCUGGUUGAAUAUCUCCCGAAUUUGAUUAAUUACGUGCGACAAACGGAAAAAGGGAAAGUGCUUCACGAACUAAUGAGAGUCGCGUGCCAUAUAGUGCAAGAUCUGGCCGUCGAUUGCAGGACUGAAGUUAUAAAGUUCCUGGACUCCUUUCUUCCGUACACAAUUAAGGCAUACGAGGCCAAGAUGGAUGCCGAGCAGAAAAGUGUACUUUUCCGUUUGAUGCAUUUGUCACUGAUUAUCCUUUUCCCGGAUGGAAAACAACUGUCUGCUGCCGAAAGACUUGCCAAAGAUGUAGCUCUUUCGCCGGGAGUUGAUGAGGCAGCACGCAAAAAAAGUUUGCGCCAGUAUUAUUACAUCGUCACGUGCGAGUUGAAAGCGAAUCAUUCAACAUCAUAUAGCGCUGCUGGUGGGGCCAGAGAGAAUAAAUUUACCGAUGGAUUCAUCGACUUUGCCGCACGAUUGUGUUUUACGAUUUAUUGGAAUGAAGGUAUCCUGGAAGAUAGCAACUCCGAAGGAUCGGCAUCCAAAAAGGUGAAGCUUUCAAGCAAGCUGCAAAGCUUAAUCGAUCUGGUUAUUAAUGAUUCGAAUCAUCACGACUGGCGCUGGUUCGUUAUUACCUCGCAUGUCAUGGAUAGACACCAUGGUGCAUUGCAAGGCGAAGAUUAUUCAACCGUGCUACAACUACUUUGCGAUAUACAGCCGUCUCUGCAAAUGCCGGAACAGCAGCAAGCUUUUUAUCGCUGCUCCCGUGUAGUGCUGGAGUUUGAACAGACGGACACAUUCCGUUCGUUGAUCGGCUCGGUGAUCGAUGAGGCAUUCUGUCGGGAACGUUGGACCAAAAUAACGACCACGACGUUCCGUGGCUGCACUAGUACGGCAGCAAAAGAGUCUGCCGAAAGCAAUGCUCUUUUGCAGCUGCUCAUAAAACAUCGCAAAUAUCCGAACAUCAGUUUCCUGUCCGGAACCGUCCUGAAGGCUUUCUACACACAUGCGAUCAAGAAAACGAACGUAAACGUCGCUACGGUGCAGGUCAUCUUGGAAACGUUGGCCAGUGUCGAGUGCUUGGGAAGUGUAGACGAGGUGUUGGAUCCACUGUUCAAUUACCUUUUCCCACAAACCCGUGAGUCCCAGGCGAAAGAGAUCCUACACUCCAAGGAACGGUUGGACGCAAAACUGCUGGCAAAGAUAUCGGUGCUCGCUGUUGUGGCCAAACAUUCUAGUGAGAACGAUGAUGAGAAAAAACAGGAGAAGCUAAGUAAGCGAGCGCAAAAGCACGGAGCAAGUUUCCACGAACAAGAGGAUCGUUUGAAAUCGUUGGAACAGACGUUGCUGUGGCAGAAUGUAGACGAGCUGGUCACGAUGGAAGAUGUUGACAUUUGCCAAACAAUUGAAAGUAAGCCGUCUCUUGAGGUCACGUACAAUGUAAACGAAGCACUGUUCGAGAAGCUUACCAAAGCGAUCAAUUUCGAAAAGCAUACUUUACCGGACAACAGUGGCAUGCUAGCGAUGGCUCUGGUUAACCUCUGCUACGAUAUGGAGCUGUACCUUGAGAUUCUGAACGUCUUGCUGCUCCACGGUGCGUACGACGAGGCACAAUGCGAUAAAUGUCUGUUGGCCAAGAAAGUGCAGUUUAAGUUUCAAGAGAUCGUACUGGGUUUGCAGCGUUUGCUGGAGAACGUUGCUUCGUUGAGCAGCAGCGAACUGACGGAGAUCGGUAAUCGGUUGUUGGCAAUUUUCCGUGGUCCACAUCAUGCUAGCGUACGUAAAAUUCUGCAAAAGUUGGACGUAUCUACUGUGUUACGCUGGACGAAGGCACAGAUAGAUAAUACUGCAGGUGCUGACUCGCAGUUCGCAGAAGUGAUAAAUGCAGAAAAUCUUUCGCACGAACAACGCACAAAACGAUGCUUUCUGCAUAUCAUCGCGCACUAUUUGCAAUACGAUGGAGUGAAUUCGGAAGAAGCAUACGACCUGCUGAACAGCAUCGAGCUAAAUACUUACAGCAACAUCGAUCUGUUCUGCGUGUUCGACCUGUGCCGCAUUUUGCUGCGCCAGCCCUCCCACGAAUUCAUUGCCGACUGGGUAUCGAGACAGUUCAUAGAUGUAUGCAAGCAGCACCAUACAAAUGUGGCCGUAACCGAAGUUAUCAUCACGCUGUACGCAGAUCUCGUGAUGUUUGUAAGCCCAUUUGAGGAUAUGGAAAAAAUUGUAGCUACCAUACUGUACUCGUUUACCAAGAAGUGUGCCAACCGUACUUAUUCGGCUGACCUGCAGGCAAAAAUAGUGGCCCAGAUUAAGUUCCUGCUGAAAGCAUUCCCACAAUACUUGGAGUCCAACUUGCACCAGAAAGUGUACUCCGUACUGGUACCUCUAUUGGGAAACCCAAGCUACCGGAUCAAGAUGGAAGCCACGCGUACUCUGCUACACUUUCUGCAACCCGAAUGGGCCUACAGAGAGGAGGCAAAAGCUCCGAGUAAUUAUUACGACUUUCAAUCCGCCCUGUACGGAAACGUACAGUUUGAUGAGGUGCUCGAGACCAACAGCGUGGACGAAAAGCUGAAUUCCAUCAGUACCUACAUACAGCUGCUGCUGGGAGCGUUUAGCGUCAGCUACGUGAUGCGACGGCGAGCAUUACGCGAUCUGAUCGUGCUGGUUUACGUGGCGAAUGUUUCCGAUGAAAAAAUCAUUUCUCUGGUGCGAUUGGUUAGCGAGAGCAGUGGAAUCGACGCAAAGAAAGUGCUCCAAAGUGAUAUGGAUACGGUGCUGGAGCUGUGGCUAACGAGAGGCUAUAAAUUGCAGAAUUUUCCCUACCGUUUGGUUGGAAAUGCUAGCUCUCUCGAGGAGUUCGUGCAUAUGCAACGAAAGAAUCUAGCCUUCGUGAUGCUAUGUAUACACCCGGAGCAGUUUCAAAAGUUUUGUGAGUCCAUCCGAGUAGAACCAACCGCAAUGAUGAAGGCAGUCGUCCCGAAAUGCGUAUCAUUUUUGUUACCACACUAUGCAAAGUGCGAAGGGAUGCCUCAGAAGUACACAAAGAUGGCGGAGAAUAUGCACAAGGCGAUGGCUUCUUUCUUGGGGUCGGUAGAUCUGAAUACGCAUAUUCUUGGCAUACUCAAAUACAUCACCUACCGUCUGCACGAUAGCGACGAGCUGAGAUUGUUACUAGAGCAAGAUGUACCAAGGUUCGGCGAUGAAGCGGUCACAGUCACCAAGGCAAUCUACGUCAAAGCACUGGAACAUCUGAAGGAAUGUAUUAGCGAUUCGACCGGCCCAAUGUAUUCGCUGCCCAGUUGCCUUUGCUUGAAAAGUUCCGCCCAAAUCGAACGUACCCUAAUGGAAGUGAAACGCUGGCUUUGGGACACCGACGAGCGACAACAGAAGAUGGUCCAUUUGUUCCACUACACGGUGCUUUUUGAGGAUUUACAGCAGUACUUUAUGCAGCAGGAGGAAACAUCAUUCAAAUCGUACCUGGUGCGUGACGUUGUCUACUUUCUCUGCAAUUUAUUAAACACCUUACCGGCGCUUCGUUUGGCCACGCUGAACAGUCUCGGUCGGUUUCUAGCGCUACUGGUAACGGCCACCGAUGCUGGAGCAAUGCUUUCCGUGCAUCUUAAUUUCAUCGUGUCGUCCCUGCUUGAGACGGAAGUGCGUGAGCAACCGACGUCUAAAGUGGCACAAAAAUCUCUUUCCCUAUUGCGGCUACUGAUCGUGCAGCAUGUGGAUACGUUCGCGGAUGCGAUCGCAAAGUUGAACUAUCUACCGGCCGAUGAGCGCUUUGCGGAGCUGCGGGAAAUAAUUGCAUGGAAAAAAUCGGCACAUGGCAAAACAGUAUCCUUGGCAAGGGAGAUCGACGGUUUGACACAGUUGCCAAACAUACGGUAUGAGGAUUUGGUCGCGCUUAAAAUUUUGCUUUGUUCUAAGAAGGACGAAUUACAAGCCAUUUGCCAAAAACUUUCCAUUCAGAGUGUGAGCAACGAUGAAAGCAGCGUGUUAAAUAGGUUAAUCUAUACCUUAAUAGAACUCGUACGGAGCUCCACUUUCGAUAAGAGAACAGUUGAAGCGCUGCGUUGUUUGGGUGAGGUGGGGCCGAUCGAUUUGGGGACCAUGCUGCUCAAGUCAGAAGUGGAAACUGUUGCUUACGACUCGGUUGCUAAUCUGGAAGAUGCCAUUAAAAAAACUGCCGAAACCACCCUUAUGGAGUUGAAUGUUCUGUUGACCAGUAAAAAUGUCACCGUCGGGCGUGUAGCGUCUCAGAUUGCUUACCAAUUGCUACAUGGAAAAACCUUCCACUCAAUCGGUGAAUCGUUGCCGACCCUUCGCCCGUUUAUGGGAACAUCGUCUGCUGAAGUCACGCUGUUUUCUUAUGGCAGUGUACCAAAACUAACGGCAUUGCUUGAGAAUGAAGAAAAAGAUUUUCGGAUGUUUGUAGAAGAAUUGGCUAACGCGCUGUUAUGUGCUUUGAAUAAUACCAUGUUGAAAGCGCUGGUCGGCCAGGAAGAAACGUUCGCCGUAAAACUGGUUCCGCUGCUCAUGCAGAUUUCAUUGAAGCUGUCCAAAUCAUCCGUGGAUACCGAAAUCGGCCUGUUUUUAAAUCGAUUCUUUGAAAAGUUUGGCGCAAAUCGAACGGAUUCACAGAAGCUGUUCAAUAAUCCUAAAGCUGUGCAGCUGAUGCUAACGAUUGUGGAAUGCGUUCGUGUGCAUAAUCAGCAUUUCGCACAGCAUCAAAUCAAACUGGACUAUUUACCGAUAGCGGAAGCAUCGAAGUACUGCCAAGCUCACUUUAAAGCGAUCCUCUACGCUGAACUAUGGUACAAUGCUGAAAUUACGGCAACAAACUCCAAAGCAACGACAGGACCCACCAAAGCGACAGCAAAGCGCACCUUGGGCGGCAUCAUGAAGUUUUGUCAUCAAGCGAUUGGGGUUUACGAUGCCGUUAAAGCAUUUCUAGAUCCAAUACUGGAACGAACCGAGUACUACAGCUUACAGCAAAACCACACUGCAUCGUUGCUAUUUCUGGAUGCUUCCUUUGGUUUUCGGCCAAAUGAUGCAAAUGUGGCCGAAUCAUUGGCCCAUGCUUCGAAAAAAUGCAGCCUGUACGGUGUGGCACGGUCCUUGAAUGCACCGAGUAAGGUGGAUUACGAGUGCCUGUGGCGUCUAGGCGACUGGAGCCUGGCUAUCGAUGCCGAAAGAAUGGAUGCUGGUAAAAGCGAGGGUCAAAGCGCAUUAACCAUUAAUUCGGAACUGUUCGAGCGGGCCCAUUAUAAAGCUCUCAAGUGUCUGGAGCUGAAGGAUGACCUAGCCGUGGAGAGCGCAAUUUCAGACGGACGGCGUGCGAUCGUUGAAAUGUUCAAACUGACUAGCACCGAGUCGACGAAACAUAUCUACCACGGAUUGUGUCGUCUUAGGCAGUUACAGCAGAUAGAGGAUUUCGCAGAUAUACAAUUUUUCCGAAAAAUCGAUUGCGAACAGGACCUGCUUAAUCAAUGGGACGCGCAGGAUAAGCUACCGUACAGCGAGUUCGGUUUGAUGGAGCGCCUGCUAUCGCAACGUUUGUGCAUUUUCAACACCGCUCGAGUUCGUGCGAAGCGGAAAUGGGUUCCGCAGGCAAUCUACAACACGCUGGUGCUACUGAUCCACGAAUCGCGUCUUGGAGGAUACCAUGACAGCGCACUGCGGAACAUUCGCAUUGCAACCGAGUUUGAAUUGCCACCGAACGUGAAAGCACUCGUACAGCUGGAAGAUGCCCAGUUGAACUGGUCGCUCGGCGAUCGGAAGCUUGCCUGCGAGCUCGCAUUGGAGGUGAUGGAAAACCAGCGAUAUAACAAUCUUAUGGUGAACGCAACCGCUUGCCGUGUGUACGGUGAAUUUAUGGCGGAAAGCCACACAAAGGAGGUCUACACGUUGUAUCAGGAUUAUUUUCAGCAAUCGGAACAAUGUGUCACACAAGCUUUGGCAUCGAGAAAGACGGCAACAGAGGCCAUCGCGAUUGAUCACCGUUGUUUCGACAGUGAACGAAACUUUACCGUCUUGUAUACGGUGGCCAAAUAUGCGGAUCGUGAGUUGGGAAGGUUGGACAAAUUUUUGCAUUCGAAAGAUUGGGAAUUGCGUCAGCAGAAUAUCGUUAAAAUGAAAGCAGAAAUAGAACGCCUUAAGCAAGAAGGUGUUGGGGCUAAUGAGCAAAGGCGUAAAGAAAUUUCUCGACAAUACACUUUCACGCAAAAAAAUAUGCUACGCGCUCAGAAAGCAACGGAUACGGUCAAAACGGAGCGUUUGAACUACCUGCAGCUAGCGUUGGCGAACUACAUACUGUUCGCCAAAGAAGACACGAUCAAGAGCGAUACGGUGAUCUUUCGGAUUCUCGCCUUAUGGCUGAGCAAUCAACAUAUAGUUCAGAUACAGGAAAUUUUAGCCGAAUCCAUAGAUCAGAUACCGUCGCAUAAAUUUAUCGCAGUACUUCCACAGCUGACGGCUCGACUGAGCGUGACCGGAAGCGUAGGCAAACUGAUCGACGGCAUUCUACUCCGUUGCGGAACCGACCAUCCGCAUCACACACUUCCGUUCGUCUUUGCACAACUGUACGCCUUCAAGGAUCUGCCCCCGAAUGAAGUACCUGAAAAUGAUGGCCGUUUGCUGGGGGCUAAGGCGUUGUACGAAAAACUUAAAAAUAUACCAUCAAUCGAGCAUAUUGUUGGCCAAAUGAAUCGAAUGAACCUUGCGCUGAUUGACCUGGCCAAUAAGUCCAUCUCAAAGAAUCCCAGCUUUCAAGAGUACACCAUGACCGAGAGAGAUCCGUUGCGUCGUUUGACGAACCUGGAUCGGAUUCAUUGUCCCACGAUCGAGUUACCGGUGAAUAAGAGUGGUUCUUAUAAGCAUCUGGUGAAGGGUGUGUCGAAAUGGGAUCCGAAAAUAGUCGGUGUUGGUGGGAUCAAUGUACCGAAAAAGCUCAAAUGUCGAUGCACGGACGGUGUGGAACGAACGCAGCUCCUGAAGGGCAAGGAUGAUAUGCGCCAGGAUGCGGUCAUGCAGCAGGUGUUUGGAAUUCUAAACAUUUUACUGCGUAACGAUAAGGAAACGGCGAACCGGAAUCUCUCGAUAAAGACCUACAAAGUGGUUCCUUUAUCCAGGCAGAGUGGAAUCUUGGAAUGGUGCAAUGAUACGGUUCCGAUUGGUGUAUGGUUGACACAAGGGCAUGAAAAGUACCGACCGGAAGAUUACAAACCGUCGGUGGCACGGAAAAAGUACUCUAACAAUGCCCAGCCUGGAAUGACGGUGGAUAAGAAGCUGCAAAAUUACUUGGACAUCUGCCGUAAGAUUAAGCCAGUGUUUCGGUACUAUUUUCUCGAACAUUAUUUGGAGCCCGGCAAGUGGUUUGAGCGACGCCAAAACUAUACGAAGAGUGUAGCCACUAGUUCGAUGAUCGGGCACAUUCUCGGCAUUGGCGACCGCCACGUGCAGAACAUUCUGAUCGACAAGCGUACGGCUGAGGUGAUUCACAUAGACUUUGGCAUAGCCUUCGAAAUGGGAAAGAACCUACCGACGUCGGAGACCAUUCCGUUCCGUUUGACGCGGGACAUUGUUGAUGGAAUGGGCAUAAGCGGCGUGGAGGGUGUCUUUAAAAAAUCAUGCGAGAAGACAAUGGAGGUUCUGCGUAAUAAUCAGGCACCGAUACUAACUAUCCUGGAGGUGCUGUUGUACGAUCCGUUGUACUCGUGGAACGUCCUGGCGAACAAGAAAGCCAAUCAGCAGCAAAUAUCGGAGGAACUGACGGAUUCUCCUAUCGCAGGCAAGGAGGGCCUGGGGUACGCUGAGCUGAGCAUCAAUGUAACGGCCGAGCAUGCCCUCAUGCAAGUGAAGAAGAAACUGGACGGGAAGGAGGAUGAUAAGUUUAUGUCAGUUGAAGGUCAGGUACAGAAGCUGAUCUUCAGCGCGACCAGCGAGCGCAAUUUGUGCCAACUGUUCCACGGAUGGCAGCCUUAUCUGUGAGAUAAGUAUUUCUUUUGUCUACUUUUAUUCCUCAAUGCGUUAUCUUUCAGCUGUUAAAAAAAUCUGCUUGUUCUUUUAAAGACG